AUGUGUCGAUUCAAGACAUCAAACGCCCUGCCCCGCGACUGGUGGUUCCUUCCCUUAAGCAAAGGGGGACUGGGUUUGGCGCCCAUUCCAGAUACGAUUCGAAGUCUUCAACUGCAUAUGCUAUGCAAAGUGAUACUGGCAGGAAGACUAACGCUUAACUUCCCUUCUUGGGCAGAUCCGGUCAUUCGACUGUUUGAUCAAGCUAUAUCGCCAUGGGGGGAAGAUUUCGACAUUCUGUAUGCACCCGUGACUACAAGUCCGGACUAUGCAAUUUCGCGGCGUUCUAAGCGUUGGGCGGCCCUUGGGUCUUACUGGCACUAUGUGCUUUUCAUUUGGCACACCCAGUUUCGGCGAAAGCUCACCCGGCUACAAGUUAAAUUUGACAAGCUAACAUCGCCCAUGUUAAAUAAUGUGGAAAUUACCUACGGCUACCGGGGCAGCACUUUGGCGGGGACUUCACGGCCGCUAGGCUUAAUCCGUGUCCUUGCGGAUCAAGGGAUUUUUCGCCCAGCUCAGCUUUUUCAAGUUUGUCCGCCCCCGGUGACAGCUGCAAGCCUCUCACGAUUUCUAAGCCAAUUUGGCUCGGGUCGGUUAGUGAGCGAACGCUCUUGUUCCAAUUUCAUGGACAAGGCAGGGGGUCUUCUCAACUCUUUGACUCCCCACCCAAUUGGACCCAGCCAGGCUUCGCGCUACUACGCCGCCAGUCACGCCUGGGUUUUUGAUACCUAUGAAGUAUCGGAACUUAGCGUGGCUCGCAUACGCUCAAUACUUGCUGAGUUCACGGGAUUUCAAAAUGGGCAGGCACGUUCUGCCAGUCUAUUCCGAUCUACUAUACAGGCUCCAGCAUAA